AGGUCGAAGUAUUCUUGCAGACUCUCGCAGCUCAUUCCGUCCCUACCGUCUUCCCGUUAGUUCUCAGCCCAUUAGGAUCGUAAUAUGUCGAAUCUCACCAAACUCAAUGUCUUGAUGUGUGGAACUGGAGAGUACACUACUGGGUGGACUGGAUCUGGAGCAUCUACGUCUGACAAAAAAAUCGGAGUCGUCGGUCUCACUAUGUUUGAUCUCAGACGUCUAGGCAAGGUCGGUAAUCUGGGCAUGGUCGGAGUCAACGGGUCAAAGUUCCCUGCGAUUCGCGAGCAUCUACAGGACAAGAUUGGGAAUGCUUAUAAGGACAUGGACACUUCAUUCGAGGAGUUCCCCAAGCAGGGGAAGGUAGACCCAGAGGCUUAUAAAGAAGCAAUCAACAAAUUAUCUCCUGGAGACGCGGUCAUUGUCUUCACCCCGGACAGCACGCACUUUCCUAUCUGUAUGUACGCUAUCGAGCGUGGCCUCCACGUACUGGUCACGAAACCGGCAACCCAACUGUUGUCACACCACAACGAGUUGAUUGCAGCUGCCAAGAAACAAGGCGUUGUCUGUUUCGUCGAGCAUCACAAACGUUUCGAUCCAGUCUACAGUGACGCUAAAGCUCGCGCCGCAACGCUCGGCGAGUUCAAUUUCUUCAAUGCUUGGAUGAGUCAACCGAAAAGUCAACUGGAAACUUUCCGGGCUUGGGCUGGCAAGGAUUCUGACAUUAGCUACUAUCUGUCAUCGCAUCAUAUCGAUAUUUGCUGUUGGAUCCUGCAAGACAAGGCUGUACCGACUCGUGUCGUUGCAAGUGCCGCAACUGGAAUUGCAACAAGCGAGCCAUACAACUGUGUACCUCAAACAGAGGACACGAUCACUCUCCUUGUCGAUUGGCAGUCUUUGAAGAGUCCAAAGCAUAAGGGUACCGCCGUGUACACGGCAUCAUGGACUGCACCUCUCAAAUCUGGAGUACAUUCUGCUCAACACUGGUACUACAUGGGCGAAAAGGGUGACAUCAACGUAGACCAAGCACAUCGUGGUUAUGAUAUCACUGUGGAUGAUACUGGCAAAACAUGGUACAACCCCUUCUACAUGAAAUACUCUCCGUCAGAGACUGGUCACUUCGAUGGUCAACGAGGAUACGGUUAUACAUCGAUAGAAACAUUCAUUGAUGCAUCCCGUGAAGUCAAUGCUGGUACCGCCAAGUCCUCGGAUUACGAUGGUCACGGCUACCCGACCAUUGCGAACACUGUUUUGACGACUGCGAUCCUCAAUGCUGGCCGCAUCAGUCUAGAUGAAAAGAGACCAGUGGGCAUCAAAAAGAGCGGGGAUGAAUGGAUUCUGGAGUAGGGUGAUUAUGAGGAAGUAACAAAACGCUCAAAGCAGCAAAAUUUAUGUAUUCAUCUAUCUAUCGCGUGGUCAUGUCAGCACAAUGAAAGAAAUCGCAGCUGUAUUAUGCUUAUACCAUUGAUUAUAAAAUUUAGACUCCAAAACAGUAUGCACUGUAUGCACUACGGGUUUUGUGUUGUAUAGUAAAAGCGGCCUUACAGUAGUUGUUCGAGUAUAAGAUACAAGAUGAAUCAGGGGAGACGAUCCACUUCGUGUGCUAUUCAAUACAGCGAUUUCUUCGCCUAUGUCUGGCACUGCUGAUGUGUAAAUAAAUAUCGUUGAGGUCGAGAAUAAAAGGUCCUUCCUUGAUCGUGAUCGUCCCGUUAAGAGUUAUUAGAAAUGCGGAGGGCUACAGUCAAUGGUAGCACUGCAAAAUCCUCGUAUUCGUCCAAUAGCGUGAGGAUAUAAUAUGAUGCAUCCUGAACCAUUCAUCUAGGCGCGGUCUGUCGAGAGAGCUCCGUCAUCACGCGAGGCAACUCAUUUGCAGUGGGUAGCGGGAACGCAGUCAACCCCCUGCGAAGACGCUCAACCAGGAUAAGUGGCUUGAGCUUGAGUCCAGGCCGCGACAGGGGAGCUGCUUGGCGCGAAGAGCUCGAAAGUCUCAUAGGGACUCUGAAGGACGCCUGGGACGGCUUGUGAGGCGGGGGAGGAGGUAAUGCUUUGAGGGGGAGUCUGGUGGUGUUAAGUGCAGUGACGAUGAAGGGAAUGUCGGAGAUGAAGCUGGUUCGUGGUUUGUAGUGCAUCAUUUUGGAGUGAAAAGGCUGAGGCUUGGAGCGUCGUUAACUGGUAUGUGCCAGUGGGGGAUUCGCAAGCGUGUUUGACAGUAGAUGAGUAUAUACAGUGAGUUGGUCGAACGAAACAAGACGACUAGACGGAAGUGGAGCUCUGAGCUAUGGUGAAACAGGUUUAAGUAGGUCAAAGGGGUGUCACGUUUUUGUCAGCCUCCAUGCAUUACCCAGUUGUGGACCUGCGCAAUAGCACGAUGUGUCGUCAAGAUUAUCCGCACCAAGACUAUGCUUUACACGUUAUCGUGUUGCACUCGAACAACUUGCCAGUUGCAUGCCCAGUAUACACUGGCAUGAACGUUUGUACUAGUAGUAGAUGUCACCGGCACAUCAUGAUUGAAAGCAAGAGUGCC